GUGUUUGAUGCUUAAGAACUUAGCUUUUGUUUGUGCAAAAGUUUCACCUCUUCAUAGUUCAUACCAUGAUGUCAUGACUCGUAAACUUAACUUAAGAGUAACACUUUCCCCCUUCCGAGAAUAAUUUCCAUUAUCCUACCUAGCCGUGUGUUUGGGGGCUAAAGUAGUCUCUUAUGUUAUCUUCACAACGUGACCUUCAUAAAUGAAACCACACUCCUUAGUCCUUUCCCUCAACUUGCAUGCUCCAUCCUCUUACGGCCUACUUCUUCCUACACCACUUUCUUCCUUAAUAACUGCCAAAGCAAAUUCAUAGCUUCCUUUCAAAUUUCAAUCACCAGCGAAAAUCAAGUUAGGUGCUUGAUUUUCUCUUCUAGUAUUGCUUUUCAACAAGAUGUGAGAUCGGUUCCCUAGCAAAGGGGUCAUGUCUUUCGGUGGGUUAAGUGUCACUUUAAGUCUUGUCUUUGGCUGUCUCAUGCUGGCUCUGUGUGCUCAGCUUUACUAUUUCUUAUGGUGGAAGAAGAGAAGAAAUCAGAUAGAUAUUGAAAUGGAUCAUGGGAAUUACUCAAAAGGGGUGUUUUAUUGGGGGUGUUGGAAGACACCUUGUGCCAUGCAUGGUGGCAACGAUAGAGGGGGUGUGAGUAGGGACAUAGAAAACACGAGUCUCGAGCUUGGGAUGGAGUUGGACUUGCUUCACAAGUCCUUUGGAGAAGAGGGUGUGGAAUCAGAGUUGAUGAGGCUGCACAAUCUUGCUGGUCCUCCAAGGUUUCUCUUCCCCAUCAAAGAGGAAACGAAAGAAGAUUUGGAGAGUGAAGAUGGUAAAUCCAGGGGUGACAGAAGCAGAAAAGGGUCAAGAACAAGAAGUUUGAGUGAUCUCAUGUUAACAAUUGACACCCCUUUUCUCACCCCUGUGGCUUCUUCUCCCUUGAAGUGCUCUUUGGACCCUCUUCAUUCUUACAAGCACCAAGGAUUCAAUCCUCUCUUUGAAUCUUCAGGAGAGUUAGAGUACAACAGAUUUAGAUCCUCACCACCUCCGAAAUUCAAGUUCCUGAGGGACGCGGAAGAGAAAUUGUAUAGAAGAUUAAUGGAAGAGGCUAGGAGAAAGGCUAUAGAAAAUGUCCAAGAAUGUGAGGUUAAAGUUAAAGAUCCUCCUAAUGACACAAUAGCCUCAGAUUUUCAUGAUGGGUCCUUUCUUAGGAUCAUUCAGAACAAAGACACCGAACGAAAACAGCUUCAACAAUAUCUACCUCAGUUUCCUUCAGGUUCAUCUCAGAUUCUUCCAUUGGCAUCUUCUCCUACAACAUUGAGACCCCUUGAAAAGGCAUCCAUUGUGCAUUAGUUUUAGUUCCAUACAAUUAGGCCUGUUACUUUUUUUUUUUCUUUUUUUUCUUCAUAGUAUGUUAAAUUAAUUUUUCUACAUGACUCCUGUGCUAAUUUUUAAUGUUUUACAAAGCAUUUGGUAAUUGAUAUCAUAUCAUAGCCCCUUUUUUUAAUGUGACCUCUUGUGUGGUUUGAAAUGAUUGCUAUUGUCAAUAUGCUGCAAUUUGCGCAUGGUGUGGCAACAAAUAGAAUGCAGACUGACAAGUUCAAGUGAUGGUUGUUAAGAUGCUGGUUAUCUAGGAAAGGACUCAGUGGGGCAAUGUGUUUUUGUCCAUUACUCCCCAUGUUCGCUCUGGCUUUAACCUCUUGAUCAAUCAUGUGAAUGAUGCUUGUUUGCUACCAAUUUCCUAAUUUUCUGCUCUCAA